GCACGCGAAUAUGUCAUUUCCCGGAAGUGGAACUACCGCAACACGGAAGUCUAGGAAAGAAAACAAAUAAUCGUUCAAAUUUGUGUCGAGUUGUAGUCGGAGAAGACGCCUUAAACACCGUUUAACCUUUAGGACUACCGACGAGCUUUGUACACGAUGGACUUCCUGUUUGGGAAGAGGAAGACCCCGGAGGAGAUGCUGAAGCAGAAUCAGAGGGCGCUCAACCGAGCCAUGAGAGAACUGGACCGAGAGCGAAUGAAACUGGAGCAACAGGAGAAAAAGAUCAUCGCUGACAUCAAGAAAAUGGCCAAACAGGGACAAAUGGACGCCGUCAAGAUCAUGGCCAAGGAUUUGGUUCGCACGCGGCGCUACGUCAAGAAGUUCAUCAUGAUGAAGGCCAACAUUCAGGCCGUCAGUCUAAAGAUACAGACGCUCAAGUCCAACAACAGCAUGGCGCAGGCUAUGAAAGGCGUCACCAAAGCCAUGGCCACCAUGAACAGACAGCUGAAACUGCCUCAGAUUCAGAAAAUCAUGAUGGAGUUUGAACGACAGAGUGAAAUCAUGGACAUGAAAGAGGAGAUGAUGAAUGACGCUAUCGACGAUGCCAUGGGCGAUGAGGAUGAUGAGGAAGAGAGUGACACCAUCGUGUCCCAAGUGUUGGACGAGCUGGGUCUCAAUCUGUCAGAUGAACUGUCAAAUCUUCCGAGCACCGGAGGAAGCCUGUCGGUGGCCGGAGGAAAGAAGCAGGAGCCCCAAGCCGCCCUGGCUGACGCAGACGCCGAUCUGGAGGAGCGGCUGAAUAACCUCCGGAGAGAUUGAACACACAGCGAAGUGUCAGACGCUGUGGCUGGGUUGUUAAUACAGAUACAAACAUACUCAAACGUCUGUGUUUAGAUUCUUUUAAAGGUGUAACUGGCAGAACACUCGCUGUUUCAGCUGUGUGGCUUUCCGUUUGAGGUGUUUUCAUUUUAUGGGUGUAUUAUGUAUUUUAUCAGAAACCUACAAGGGUCAUUAUCCUUCACAGGUCUCACCUCCUUUUAAGACAUUGCCAAAUGACACAAAUUCUCUGAAAAUGUAAAUACUAACUCCUCAAGGCAACAAGUUUUCACAAUUUAAAUUAACACUAAAAACGAAAUGUUUAAAAGAACCCAAAGGAAAGAUGGUAACAGGACAGAAGUGGAUAUUUUAUAUGUCAGCACUUUUUGUACGUCUGGCUGGUUUGGCAUUCUUUGUAUUCUCAUCAUAUAAAAUAUACAGUUUUAGCACUGAUUUAACAUUUUUGAUGACUCGAUUAUGUUUAUUUGAGAGAGUUGACAGUGGGGGAUCAGCUGAAGAUGAUGUACAAAUAGUGUGUAAUCACAACAUCUUUUCAGUUUAAAUUCACGAAUGGGAGGGUUUAUUUUACAAGAAUAUAUAAAGGAAGGAAGAAAGAAAAGUAUGUCGAGCUGACUGCUCACCAGUGGAGCGGCACUCCUGCGUGCUGCCUGGUAACCGUGUCCCAGUGGCGGUUUUGAGAUCGGCUGGAUUUUCACCAAAAUCCUGUCCUGUUUUUUUUUUUUUUUUGCUUUUCUUUAUUCAAUAAACUUUUAUUUCCAGAUUUAUCUAA